GCCACAUCCGUUACCCUAUCACGUGACCGAACCAGGUUGGAUUUAGUACGCGCGGUGCCAAAUGCUUUCGCCGUCGGCUUGCUUGCGAGUGCGUGGGGCCCCGACCCAUGUGCUAAGUUGCGAGAUGUUUCGCGAUGCUUGCCGACGGAUCUCUCGGUUUUCGGCCGGUCCUCACCUCUCCGGACACAAGCGAACGGCCUCGUUCGUGGCCCAAACCCGUACAGACACGGCCGGCCUAGAAGAAGAAGAUGGGCAGUUUAGGAAACUGGAGCUGUACAGACCGAAAGAAGUCAGAAAGAAGAAAAGGACAGAAAUAAAGUUUGAUCUCCCCAAUCCGAGGCACACACGGAUGCCCGUGGACCAGGACUGGCCGAGCGUAUGGCCGACGGCGCAGUCUUUCCGGCCGUCCGUGGUCCCGCUGCCGCUGCGCCAGGGCUACGUGGAGCGGGGUGCGCCCCCCGGCAAGUUUGCCAACCUGGAGCUCAUGAAGAUCCCAAACUUCCUUCACCUUACGCCCGCUCACCUCGCCAAGCACUGCCAGGUUUUGAGGCAGUUUUGCACAGAGUGGCCGGCAGGACUGGAGACGGACGAGAAGUGCGAGGAACACUUCCCGGUGGAAGUGACGGACAGCGACUACUGUCACUCGAGCCCCACCAUUCGAGACGUCCGCUCCCGGAUCGUCACACUCAAGAUCAAGCUGUCUAGGUUGCAGCUCGACUACCACGCCAAGGACAAGCUGCUGCGGCUGGUCAAGGAUCGCUACGACCCUGCCACCGACAUCCUCACGAUUGUCACGGACAGGUGUCCACUCAAGAAGCAGAACUACGACUAUGCCCACUAUCUGCUGACGGCCGUGUUUCAUGAGUCGUGGAAAACGGAACCCUGGGAGGCGGACAAGGAGGAAGCCGACAUGGAGUGCUUCCUGUGGGAGAAAAGUCGGUCGGAAGCCAACCUGCACGACUUCGUCCGUCGCAUGCGGCAGUCUCUCGGAGACGAGGAGGCGAAAGGUCUGGAGCACGUCCAGCGGAUGUCGGCAGACUGUCCCGACGAAGAGGUUCGGUCGGUGGAAGAGGUCGAGCAGUACGCGGAAGCCGUUUGCGAGAUCCACAAUGGCGGAGAGAGCGACUACGCUUGGGAGAAGUACAAGAAGUCCGUCUGCUCCCUCCUCGGCCUCGGCCGAGACACGCCCGUCGGCGGAGAAGUUCAAGCUUAGAGGAGCAUUCGGCGACGCGAUGCCGAUCCCCCGAGACAUACGGGGCGUUGAUAGAGCUUGGAGCACACCGAAUAAAUGCGUUCCCCUAGGUGCCGUUAGGACCCAACUUCUACGCUUACCGAGACGCUUUGAAAACAUUAGACCUUUUCCCUCAAAUGUUCGGCGCCAUUCGUCGGCGAAUUGGGGUUUUUGUUAGUGUCCUUGAUUACUUCAACCAGCUAGUAUUAUGCUUGCAUCGUUGUUGCCAACGAAAGUAGUUCAGAAAAUUGCAGCGCGUUACAAUUAAGACGUUACACUCUCUCGGCACCAUUAGCAAGGGCCGAUGCCGUCCCACAAGUGCCAGAAGAAUGGAGGACACCCGCGUCUACCACCGCUACGUGUGCUCGUGGGCAACACCAGAAAAGGCGCAUUGGUUCAUUUUUUAUACUAAAGAUAAACGUUUA